UCACGUGACUCCGCUGCGGCGCGAUCACGUGGUCGAGCGCAUCGGGACCCGCUCUUUUUUUUGUUUUUUCGCCUCAGAAUCCUCUUUUCCCGAGAAGAAAACAAAAUGAGCACAAGUUUGGACAUCAGACUAAAGCGAGCAAAUAAAGUCUAUCACGAAGGGGAGGUGCUGGCAGGUGUGGUGGUGAUCGUGAGCAAGGAGGCUGUGCAGCAUCAAGGGAUCUCUCUCUCCAUGGAAGGAGUGGUCAACCUGCAGCUGAGCUCCAAGAGCGUGGGCGUCUUUGAGGCCUUCUACAACUCCGUGAAGCCGAUCCAGCUGAUCAGCGGCAACAUCGAGGUAGUCAAGCCAGGAAAGGUCCCCAGCGGCAAGACGGAAAUUCCAUUCGAGUUUCCCCUGCAUGUCAAGGGGAACAAAGUGCUGUAUGAAACCUACCAUGGUGUCUUCGUCAACAUCCAGUACACUCUGCGCUGUGAUAUGAAGAGAUCUCUGCUGGCCAAAGACCUGAGCAAGACCUGCGAGUUCAUGGUUCACUCUCAGCCUCAGAAGGAGAAGCUCCUGCCGAGUCCAGUGGAUUUCACCAUCACCCCAGAGACACUGCAGAAUGUCAGAGAGAGGAGCGGCCUCCCGCGGUUCCAGAUCCGGGGACGUCUGAACUCCACCAGCUGCGUGAUCACCCAGCCCCUGACGGGCGAGCUGGUGGUGGAGAGCUCGGAGGUGCCCGUCAAGAGCAUAGAGCUGCAGCUCGUGCGUGUGGAAACCUGCGGGUGUGCCGAGGGCUACGCGCGAGAUGCCACGGAGAUUCAGAAUAUCCAGAUCGCGGAGGGCGACGUGUGUCACGGCCUCCCCAUCCCCAUCUACAUGGUGUUUCCCCGGCUCUUCACCUGCCCCACCCUGGAAACAACCAACUUCAAAGUCGAGUUUGAAGUGAACAUCGUGACCGUUCUGCACGAUGACCAUCUGAUUACGGAGAACUUUCCUCUUAAACUGUACCGGGUCUGAGCUCUCUUGGUGGAGGAAGGAGGUUCCUAUUUCAUGCCUUUCGCAGCUGGGAGGUGUGUUGUCCGAGCUAGAGGAGUGUGAAUGGACGCAGCCCAGGAGAGAGGAAAUAAACACUGAAUGCUCACAUCUUGCAUAGAGGAACGCAUUUGGACCAAUGCAAUGACAGAAGAUCUUGACAUAUCCUGGAUGGAUAUCUCAUUUUGUCAAAGCUUGAUUUGUAGUUAUUUUUUACAGGCAUACUACAAAACAUUUAAUGGGGGGGGGGGGUUUAACGGUAUAGGAAGGAUGUAAUUACAAAGUUGUGUCACUUUAAUUGCAAUUCUGACACUGAUUAAUAACUUUGCCUGCCUUGUAUAGGUUCAUUUAAACAUGCCAAGCAAGCUUUAAGAUUUAAAAUAUUUAGGAAAUGUCAAAUUCUCUCUUUCAGUCUUGCAGAGGUGGUCUUAGUUCAGUAAUUGUUAAUCAGGGUCUCAAUGAAAGAAAUGUAAGGUUGAAGAGUAAAGUAUAAUAAAACUCAGGAACUACAGCCUUAGGUUUCAUAAACCACUAAUUCAAAUCAGAAUAGUUGUACUUUGAAGUAAACCAGUAACAAGUACUUCAUUAAAUGAGGUCGUUUAAGUUAUACUGUGUAAGAUCCUGAAUACAGAACCAUUACUGAACUAUUACUGACUUAGCAAUUUACAAAAUUAAAUACAGCAACUGAACUGAAACAAUAAGUAUACCUAGAGUUAAGACAAGGUGUGAAAAGGCUAUCCUAACCCUCAAUGGUGAGUAUGGUCCAGCCUGAACUUCAUUAAGCUAUUUGACUUGCACCGGUGUGAAAUGAGGGAAUUGCAGAAGGAAGUGUGUAAAUUAAACUGCGUUACUUCAUUUAAUUGAAA